GAGACCCUGUUCCAAAAACAAAACAAAACUCCACCAAAAAAAAAAAAAUACCUUUCAGAUUUUAGAGCUUGUAAAGUUUAGUAUUAUUUGGAAAGGGGAUUGUAGACCUGUGGAUUUCCUCAGGAGAUCCCUUGAGAUGUGCAACGAGUGAACGUUGCCUGCCUUCCCACUAGAGGGCCCCUGAUUAUCACUGUGUCUGGGAUCCUUGCUAAUGGAAGUUCUUCUGUCGCUUCAGCUCGCAGAUGCCAGCAAGUUACCUAACCUGAAAGAACUUCUCCAGUCCUCUGGAGACAACCACAAACGGGCUUGGGACCUGGUGAGCUGGAUUUUAUCCUCAAAGAUCCUGACAAUCCACAGUGCAGGGAAGGCAGAGUUUGAAAAGAUCCAAAAGCUGACUGGGGCUCCUCACACGCCUGUUCCCGCACCGGACUUCCUGUUUGAAAUUGAGUACUUUGACCCAGCCAACGCCAAAUUUUAUGAGACCAAAGGAGAACGAGACCUAAUCUAUGCCUUUCAUGGUAGUCGCCUAGAAAACUUCCAUUCCAUUAUCCACAAUGGCCUGCACUGCCAUCUGAACAAGACAUCCUUGUUCGGAGAGGGGACCUACCUCACCAGUGACUUGAGCCUGGCCCUCAUAUACAGCCCCCACGGCCACGGGUGGCAGCACAGCCUCCUCGGCCCCAUCCUUAGCUGUGUGGCCGUGUGUGAGGUCAUUGACCAUCCGGACGUCAAGUGCCAAACCAAGAAGAAGGAUUCCAAGGAGAUAGAUCGCAGACGAGCGAGAAUCAAACAUAGUGAAGGGGGAGACAUCCCUCCCAAGUACUUUGUGGUCACCAAUAACCAGCUCUUGCGAGUGAAGUACCUCCUGGUGUAUUCACAGAAGCCACCCAAGAGGACUUCGAGCCAGCUCUCCUGGUUUUCCAGCCAUUGGUUUACCGUCAUGAUAUCCCUGUAUCUGCUGCUGCUGCUCAUAGUGAGUGUCAUCAACUCCUCUGCUUUCCAACACUUUUGGAAUCGUGCAAAAAGAUAAUCUUUCUGGGCCUGGUGUGGGGGCUACCUCAACUAUGUGCCUUAUGGUAACUUGUUCUGUACCUCCUAUGCCUCAUGUCCAGCCAGGUUGAGCCUAUGGGCCAGCAGUUGGGGAACCACAGGACAAUUUUCGUAUGUCCUAAAUGUAUCGAUUGCCUUUGAUGAUGUUCCUAGCCACACUCCAGGCAACGGGGACUACUAGUCCCUCACUCUUAGGUUUUGGGGGAGUGCUUCCAUCUGCUCCUUCUUAAACUGUCCUAGGGAGUUGACUUUUCAGCCAGGGCCAAAGGAAAGAACCCUGCUGCAUUUAAAAACAAAGUGUCCAAGCUGUCAGUGGUGUGUUUACAAUCUCUCCUGGCGGAGGUUGGCCCUUUCUCUAAUGCCUUCUGGAAGGCGGAAAAUGUGGGAACUAUAAAUCACUAGGCGGUUGCCUUGUUUUGACUUGAGACACCCAAGAGGAACAGUCAUGUUUCUCAUAAAAAUCAGUGGGAUCAUUUUUGAAUUCCAUCAGCCUUUGUAUGUGAGUGCAAAACAUUUUAACAGUUUUCUCAAAUCAACAAACAGCUAUGGAUGGGAAAGAAAGGAGUUAGGGGCCUGACAAAAAAUACAGACUUAAUGAGCAACUCAAGUCAUCUUUUUCUGAAAAUUACCAACUGCUGAUUACAGCUGAAAUGGAACCAAAUGUUUGUUUUCUGAUUUUUUGUUUUUAAUAGCUGUUUGACAAAUUAGUCUUUGUGAGCUGAGUAAAAGGGGAAAUUUCUAAACCUAGUGCACUGUUUGGCCAGUGUCCACAGCCUCUUUCCUGGCUGUGUUUUAGAGAAAGGAAUUUGAGCUAUAGGCUCGCCUCCUGUUCUCAUUCUCACAAAGCUGCCUUGACUGUGGCCUGCAACCACGAGUGCCAUGCUUUCAGGCCUUCUGUGGCCUACUGGCCUUCAAGAUAGAGGCCUGCCCCAGUGUGCCACAGAACCGUGUGAAUGGAGCCUCCUUCAGAGGGGGUCACAGGUCUUUGGGACUCAACCUGGGCUUUAAUGUGUAGGAAAAGCCUUCUGGCCACCCAGAGAGCCAGAGCCCUGCUUGCUGUAUUCUCUGCUCCCUUCUUCCUGCUGGGUUUUAGCCAUAAGAGAGCCCUGUACAAUUUGGGAGUAAGAUUUCUGCAAAGAAGGUGAAAAAUAAUUUUUCUAUAAUUUGUAAAGUUGUGAAAGAGCCACUACCACAGUUUUUACAUUGAUUAUUGGAACAUUUCAAAAUAAAUAAAGAUAUUUUCUUAAUGA